CUCGUUAGCGGACGUAUUCUGUCAUUCGUACACAGCCCUAUGUGUAGAACUAAUCGAGAAGCCCUCAGUACUUACUCCGUGUCUCGUACAGCAGGGCUUUCUCUCUCAUACAUGAAAACCGCAACCCCACAUUUGAUGCUUACAGUACGGAGGUACGGAUACCUCGGAUACCUAACAAUACGUGCAGGAGGGGUUUCCUUCAGGUACAUACUACAUUUUCCAUAUUGUAGAACUCCAUUUCGUUGUCGACUUGGAACUCUCAAAGCCACGUGCACGUCGUCGUCCUACUCCUUCCAGUCAACCGAGUCGCCGCUGCACCCGGAUGAAUGUACAUUCAAAUCGCUGGCUUCGGCGCGAUAUUGCUCCAUCCCUGAGAAGAAGGCAAGCUGCCGUGUGCCCGAGAUAAGCCAAGGCCUUGUGCUGGGGAUAACCAGACUGCUCACGGUCGGCAUUGUGGCUUCCCAACCAAGCAAGCCUAUCUCCGUGCUCUACUGUACUCCGUACACUGCUUGUUUGAUAACUCUCCCAAAUCUCUCAACGAUCCGUGCGGUGAUCGUCGCCAAGUCCCAAUGCCCAGGCUCCUCCUUUUGUGAAUCGAAAAAUUUUCACCGACCGUUGGGCAUGCUGAACCGGCCCCCUGCUCCAACCCUCGAGUUUUGUUUAACCACCGCUGUGUGGACCAAUUUCGCUUAGCGGAUCAGAGGUCUGAGUGGCCUGUUACGAAGUACAGCUACCAGGGACCGCUUCCCGCCUCGCAAAUUUGCACCAAGUAGGCGGCCGCCGGAUGGUCCAUACCAGCAAGUGGAAUUAACUACCAGGAUGGCCAUUGUCGCUCAUAGCUGAAGUGGCUACUGCCCAGGGAAUUUGGAGGAUGUCCGUUUUGAGGGUUACGAUAAGUUACAAGGAGUCAAA